UAUCGAAAACGGGAGCAGUCUGUUUUCCUGAAGUCACCGAAAGCGGACGCUUGUGCAAUCUGUUCCUUCCGUGUUGUCCUCCUACUUCGUAAGCGACCUUCAACUUCUCAAAACAAGCCCGUGGCUUCUGUCCAAAGCUCUCGUUGACGUCGCUCGACGACAACGCCGGUGCACAACGUCUUGUGUCACAUCUUCAAUUCAGACGGAGGUUGGAAAUCUUCGCAUUUCGGCGCCCGAUAUUGCAGCCGAGAAACUGUUCAGAUUCUAGCAGACGACAGAAGGAGACUGCGCGCGGUCAUCUGCGAGCAACGGCUGGUAGCAGAUGGAUAUUGCUGACCUCCUCAUCUAAUAAAUUCCUCGGUCCAACGUAAGACUGCUAUCACUACAAGUGAUUGUCAAGCCGUUCGUGUGAUAAGAAGUUUCGAAGUGGCUGGCGUUGUCAUAUCUCUGUAGUUGCUAGCAACCUGGAUCUUCUGUGUGAGUAUCUAUCGUCUGCAACUAUUCCUCUUGAUAUGAACUCCGAUAAGGCCACUUUCUGUUCGCCGGUCGCAGGCUGCUCGCUCUUCGGACUGUCUUGUUUUUCGCAAACCAAAUUUUUCUGUGCAAAUUUGUGAUCUUGAAGAUGCAAAGCGUGGCUAGAGUACCGGGCCCGUGCUUGGUGGGGCUUGUGGCGCGCGGCGAUUUCAUCCGCCGCGAUGCUGCCAAAGUGGUUGGAAACAUGCGGUUUGUGAAAAGGUUCCAGCCCUCAACAGCGAGCUUCUUCUCGAGGGCUUUGCCUUCGAAAGGAGACUUUUGCAGCAGGCAUUUGGGGCCGCGUGAAAAGGACCAACGGGAAAUGUUGAAAUACUUGGAAGUCAAGAACAUCUCAGAGCUGAUUGACAAGACAGUGCCGGAGAACAUACGGCUGAACAGGGAGAUGAACCUGGAUGAUCCAUUGAGUGAAGAGGAACUCAUCGACAGAGCUCGACAACUGGCCGACAUGAAUAAGGUGUGGCGAUCGUAUAUUGGCAUGGGAUACUACGGCUGCCUCACACCCAACACAAUACUGAGAAACGUUUUCGAAAAUCCUGGCUGGACGACGCAGUACACGCCGUACCAGGCUGAAAUUGCUCAAGGCCGACUGGAGAGCCUUCUCAAUUACCAAACAAUGGUGACUGAUCUGACUGGCCUAGACGUUGCCAAUGCUUCCCUUCUGGACGAAGGCACUGCGGCCGCUGAGUCCAUGGGUCUCUGUUACAGGUAUACCAAGAAGAAGAAAUUUUACGUUUCCGACAAAGUUCACCCACAAACGCUUGCCGUUGUACAGACCAGAGCCAGCGCCAUGGGAGUGGACGUGCUAGUGGAGAACAUAUCCAAAAUGGACUUUUCCAAGAAAGACAUCUGCGGCGUAUUGUACCAGUAUCCCGACACUGAAGGCGCUGUCCACGACUACACGGAUCUCAUUAAGACGUGUCACGAGAACAAGGCUCUGGCAGUGUGCGCAACGGACCUGCUCUCGCUGGCGGUGCUCCGUCCACCAGGAGAAAUGGGGGCCGACAUUGCUGUGGGGUCUAGUCAGCGUUUCGGCGUUCCACUCAACUUCGGCGGCCCCCACGCGGCCUUCUUCGCAGUAAAGGAGUCUCUGACGCGUCUCAUGCCCGGCAGGGUUGUUGGUGUCACACGUGACGCAACGGGCGAUCGAGCCUAUCGCUUGGCGUUGCAGACGAGAGAGCAGCACAUUCGUCGAGAUAAGGCAACCAGCAACAUAUGUACUGCACAGGCGCUACUGGCUAACAUGGCCGCCCUGUUCGCGGUGUACCACGGACCCUCGGGCAUCAGGAACAUCGCCACCGGAGUUCACCAUUGGACGCUGAUACUCGCUAGAGGGUUGUCGCACGAAGGACACGUGGUAGAACACCCUCACUUCUUCGAUACCCUCAAAGUGAAGCCCAAUGAUGGGUCGCUCGAUGAAAUACGCAGGCGAGCUGCAAGCAAAGAGAUUAAUCUUCGAUAUUUGGCGGACGACACUGUCGGAAUCUCCCUGGACGAGACGGUCAAACAGAAGGACCUCGACGACCUCUUGUGGAUAUUUGACUGCAAGAAAAAUGCGGCUACCAUUGCUGAGGAGAUGCCUGAAGAGCCCCAGGAGAGUGUGCUCUUCUCCGAUCACAGACGGACCAGUGACUAUCUCACUCACUCAGUGUUCAACACGUACCAUUCCGAAACUCAAAUCGUGCGUUACAUGAAACAACUUGAGAACAAGGAUGUUUCUCUCGUUCAUUCCAUGAUUCCUUUGGGUUCCUGUACCAUGAAAUUAAACAGUACAACAGAAAUGAUGCCUUCGUCAUUCCCGCAAUUUGCGAACCUGCACCCGUUCGUACCUUCCGACCAGUCACGUGGUUACAAGCUGUUAUUCGAAGAACUCGAACGAAACCUGUGCGAGAUCACGGGAUACGACAGGAUUUCUUUACAGCCCAACAGUGGUGCUCAGGGAGAGUACGCUGGACUAAGAACUAUUUCUUCUUAUUUCAAAGAUAAAGGAGAAGUUCAGAGGAAGGUGUGCCUGAUUCCUGUUUCUGCCCACGGCACGAAUCCAGCCAGCGCGCAGAUGGCUGGUAUGAUGGUGGAACCUAUCCAGAUACUCAAGAACGGAAACGUUGAUGUCGCUCAUCUCAAAGCGAAAUUGGACCAACACGACGACAAAGUGGCCUGUAUGAUGAUAACGUAUCCUUCAACGAACGGCAUAUUCGAGGAAACCAUCAAGGAUGUGUGCGACCUUGUUCACGGCGUGGGUGGCCAGGUGUACUUGGAUGGAGCCAACAUGAACGCCCAGGUUGGUCUGUGCCGGCCAGGAGAUUAUGGCUCCGAUGUGUCUCACCUCAACUUGCACAAAACCUUCUGCAUUCCUCACGGCGGUGGAGGGCCCGGGAUGGGACCAAUUGGCGUGAAAGCUCACCUAGCGCCUUACCUACCGACCCACCCGAUCGUGGACCCGAUGACGGCGCAUAUUGGUGACGACCCCCGAAAACCACACGGCGUGAUCAGUGCCGCCCCCUGGGGAUCUUCAGCCAUCUUGCCCAUCUCGUGGGCCUAUAUCAAGAUGAUGGGGGCCCAGGGCCUCAGGAGAGCCACCGAAGUGGCCAUGCUCAACGCUAACUACAUGCGAAAGAAGCUCGAGAACCACUACAGGGUGCUCUACCUUGGAACACAAGGGUUCGUGGCACACGAGUUCAUCCUGGACAUGCGGGUCUUCAAGAAAAACACCGGCAUCGAGGCUAUGGAUAUUGCCAAGCGUCUCCAGGACUACGGCUUCCAUGCACCAACUGUCUCGUUUCCUGUCAGUGGCUGUCUUAUGGUGGAACCGACAGAGUCUGAAGACAAGCAGGAACUCGACCGCUUUUGUGAUGCUCUUAUCCUAAUACGAGAUGAAAUUCAGGCAAUCGAGGAUGGGAAGAUGGAUCCUAAUAAUAACCCUCUCAAGAUGGCGCCGCACCCUCAAAAAGUGGUGAUUAGUUCGAACUGGGACAGGCCGUAUACUCGUGAACAGGCCGCGUUUCCUGCUAGCUUCGUGACCCCCGAAACCAAGAUAUGGCCCAGCGUGGGCAGAAUCGACGACAUCUAUGGUGACACUCAUUUGUUGUGCAGUUGUCCUCCCAUGGAGACGUAUCAAUCUCUCAAGGCCUAAAUCUUCUAUAGGCUGCUUAUAGGCUGCUUAUAGACUGUACAUAGCCUGCAUACUGUGUAUACCUAUUGCCUGUCAGUAUAAUUAUCGAUGAUGAAUGUUAUAAAAUAGUUUACGAACAUAA